AUGAUGAGUGAAGGUGAUGAUGUGCUGGAGCACAUUGACAAGAUUAAGAAGCUGGCGGAGCUGUUUGGCGCUGUGGGCGCUCCGGUCAGCGAGGACAACUUGGAUACCGCGUUUCUUAGGAGUCUCAGUGAUUCUUACUCAUUUCUUAUGAUGGCGCUGGAGUCAAGAGCGGACUCGCUGGCGUGGGAGCUGAUGACGUCUCGGCUUUUACACGAGGAUGUGAAGCGUAAAGAACAAGGUGGCGGUAUCGAGGAGGCCGAACACGGACAUGGUGAAGCGCUUGUUACUAGACAAUGGAAGAUGCAAAGGGCGACAAGCGCCAGUAGAAACUAA